GCUUGAAAACAUCGACCAUGAACGUUUCUCGGCAUCAAUUUUCCGAACUAUUUUGAAUAGGUUGAAAGUUUGCUUGAAGCGAAGCGAACGAUCUUAAAUUUAGACGCGAUUUUUACGGAUUCUGAAUGAAACACGCAGUGUGGAAAAAACAAUCGGCAUUAAUUUAAGUUUUGUGUUGUCGUACUGUGUGGUGUUUUGGUGUCGAUUUAAAUCGAAACCAACUAGCAGAUAUGCCUUCAGGAUCAAAUCCCAACUUGACAAAUACCGACACCAUUUAUCCAGAACACCUAUCAAGAUUACAUAGAAGAGUUGUACCGAAGAAAAGAAAAGGUUGCUCAUCUAGAUAUAGGACUCAGCCCGUAACCUUUUCCGAAAUAAAAGAAGUCGACGAAGAGAAUGUAAGCGAAACGGCAGCAUCCUGUAGAACCACAUCCACUCAAGAACUGCAAAAUUUAAAUGAGAAGUUCGAAAUGUUCCGAAGAACAAGUGACAUAGUUUUUUAUAGCAGUAAAGAAGAAGCAGGCCAUAAUGAUAGCAACAUAAGAAAUUUUAGCACAAAUUCAAAAAAUUUAGCUUUAACCACAUCAAAAUCUUUCGACAUAAUAGCACAAUUUCAAAAGCCUUCGUUCAACGAUCAGGUAUAAAUAUUAUUAUUGGGUUUCCUAAAUAUUUUAACAAUAUUAAUUUUGUACGGAAACCCUGAACACCUAGUUGUUAAUAUAUAACUUUUUCUCUCAGCAAGCAAUUUCUUUAAAGAUAAUGAACAUUUCUUUACAGUUUUGUAAAGUCUGGUAUAUGUUUUAUACGAAUAUGAGGAAUAAAAGUAGGAAUAUUAUGACAUUUUAGAAAGUCAAACUAGCUUAAAAUUUUAUAUCCCAUAGCUCUUAUCAUACAUUUUUCAUUUAAUUUUUAAGUACCAUUAAACCCACUAGUUCUACCCCAGGCCUGUCUUGAGAUAGCGUUAAAUAUAUUUUUUUAGGUUUAAAA